AACGAUUAACACAUUGCAUAUAACUCGAAAUAGAUAUCAAGUAUCUGUUUUAGAAUGUGACAGUUUCAUAUUCGUUUCUAAUUGUAUAACUUAUAUGUAUGAAUACAUUAAUAUAUAUUAAACAUUUGAAUUUAUUGUUGUUUGAAAAAAAAGGAAAUGAAGAACAUAAAAAGAUAUAAAAUGGAAGAAUUUAAAACAAAUUGUUUAAAACAAGGUUAGAUUUCUAAUUAUGGAAAAUCGGCGCGAAAUUAAGACUAAUAUUUUCAAUUGUGAUGCAAGCAUUAUUGUAUAACAGAAUCACAUGGUUUACCACCUCUAUAUUGAUAGCAGCAAAAUAUUGACAGUGACGUUUAUAGUGACAUUUUAAUCAUCUUUUUAACACUUUAUAUAUUUUCUUUCUAUAAAAUUAAAAAUGGGUGACUACUUAGCUGUUAAUAAUGUUGGAGGACAAACAUUAUUGCGAUUAGUUUCUCGUGGAAAUGCAAUUAUAGCUGAAUUGAUGCGCUUAAAGGAUUAUGUUCCACCGAUUUUUAGCUUGGAUACGAAACAAGUUAUUCAAAAAUAUGGUUCGAUCUUGAAUGAUUUUUCUUAUUUCAAAGCAACUAGUACGUAUGAAAAAAAAAUUGAGGAUGAUCCGGUGCUUCAAGAAACGGAUGAAGAAAUAAGAAAUAAUUUUUCUGAAUUAUUAUCACGCUUUUAUCUGGCAUUUGAAAGUAUACACAAAUAUGUAACAGAUUUGAAUUUUUAUGUUGAUAAGUUAAAUCAAGAAGAUUAUCAGUCUUCUGGUACUGUCGAGUCAUCUGAAGAUGGAAAACAAUUGAUGUGUGAAGCAGUAUAUUUAUAUGGAGUAAUGUUGUUAUUAGUAGAUUAUCAUUUUGAAGGAAGAGUUCGUGAACGUUUACUUGUAUCUUAUUAUCGAUACAAUGCUCAGGAAUCAUCGUCUACUAAAGUGGAUGAUAUUUGUAUGUUACUUCGAUCAACGGGAUAUAGUAGAAUACUAGGAAAACGUCCAAGUAAUUAUCCUGAAGAUUAUUUUGGGAGAAUAUCAUUAGAUGAUUCGUUAAUAGAAGGAAUCGUUGGUUGUUUAAGAUUUGGUGAUUUAUACAAUCAAAGACCUGCUUUUCAUAAUCAUCAACCAGAAUAUCGAAGCAUUGCUCUUUCAACUCAAGCAUCAAUGUUGGUUAUAAUUCUUUGCUUUAUACCAGACAUAUUAAAUACGCAAACCACAGUGAUGAGAGAAAUUGUAGAUAAAUUCUUUUCUGAUAAUUGGGUGAUCAGUAUUUACAUGGGAAUAGUUAUAAACUUGAAAGAUUGGUGGUUACCGUAUAAAGCAGCAAGAACAGCUCUUAAUAAUAAUCUUGAAACAUCUAAUAUAAGAACUAUAGCUCAAAAGCACGGUCAGAAAAUGGAGGAAUUAUUACGUGAAACCGAAGAAGUAGAGUUAGCUGGCACACUGGAUGAAAAUGCAAUAGGAUCAUUAGUGAAUUUAGUACGAGAUUGCAACGUAACAUUACGCUGGAUUUUAUUGCAUACAACUUCUUUAAAUUUAUCGAAACGUUCCCGUUCUCUUCAACAACUUGUUAUUACCGAAAGUAAAUAUACAGAGAUUAAUUGUCUUCGUUUAUUAUUGAAUACAGCACAAAUUGAGCAAGAUGUUAAGCAAACGUAUAAAGAGUUAUUAGUUGGAAAAGAAACUAAAUGGUUCGGAGAUAAAGAAGCUUGUGUUAAACGCAUCAUUGAUUUAGCUCAAAUAUUUGGCGAUAACAAAUCUCUGGAUGGUAUUGAAAAAAUUCAAGAUUUGCAUGCAUGGUUUAUGGAGAUAAGUAAACAUAUUAAUUCUUUGCAACAAGAGGAUAGUAGAAAAAUUGUUCAAUUAUUACAGGCGUUGGAAUACGUGCAAGAAUUUCAUCAAUUGGAAAAUAAUCUACAUGUAUCUCAAUAUUUGUCGGAUACUCGUGAAAUAUUGCAUAAUAUGCUACGAACAGGAAAUAUUGCGGAAGAUACUAUAAUUAAUUUAAACAUAGUAACUGAUUGCAGUUAUGCGUGGAACAUAAUGGAAACUUUUACUGAUGUUAUACAAUUCAGUAUAAAAAAGAAUCCUCCGACAGUGAUCAAAUUGAAAGCAUUGUUUUUAAAAAUGGCUUCAGCUUUAGAGACGCCAUUACUACGUAUAAAUCAAGCAUGUAGUUCUGAUUUAUCUUCCGUGUCUCAAUAUUACAGUAGAGAAUUAGAAAGUUACGCUAGAAGAGUCUUGCAGAUUAUUCCUGAGACAGUUUUUGGUUUACUCGCUCAGAUAGUGCAUUUAGAAACAAAUGCUUUUAAAGAAAUACCAACAAAAUUACCCAAAGACAAAUUGAAAGAUUAUGCUCAAUUAGAUGAUAGAUUACAGAUGGCAAAAUUAACAUAUGAUGUAUCGGUUUUUACAAAAGGAGUACUUUCUUUAAGAAGUGUUUCAUUAGGUGUUUUAAGAGUGGACUCGCAUCGUCUUUUAGAAGAUGGUAUACGUCAGGAACUUGUGAAACAAGUUACUUUAUCAUUGCAAAAUGGUCUUAUCUUUGAUUCAAAAUCAAAAGUAACAUUACCUCAAAAAUUAAAAAGUUUAGCCUCCAUAAUGGACGGUUAUCGUAAAUCUUUUCAAUAUAUUCAAGAUUAUAUAAAUAUCAACAGUUUAAAAAUAUGGCAUGAAGAAAUUAUUUAUAUUAUAGAUAGUGCAAUUGAAGAAGAACAAAGAGGAUCUUCUUGGAUCCCUGGAAAAGCAUGGGGAUACUUUUCAAAUGAAAAACAUCCUUCGUUAACAGAAAACAAUUGUUUAACUUUUAUUGGCAGGCUUACUCGAGAACUUAUUCGUAUUACUGAUCCUAGAACUACUGUUUACAUAGAGCAUGCACUUGCUUGGUGCAAUGUCAUGACGCUAAGCGAGAUAAUAGAUCACAGAGUUUUUACAAUGAUAUUAGAUGCAAUAGGUACUCCAGCAUUAGCAGGCAUGGAUAAACUGAUAUCAUUUUAUAUUGUGAUUGAAUUGGAAAAUGUAAUCAAUUAUAUGGAAAAAGAAAUGCGUAACAAACAAUGGUCUUCUAUCAUUGAUGAAUGUUUGACUAUUUUAAAUAGUGUAGAAAACCCUAAAGCUAUGAUGACAAAAUUGCAGACCAUCGUUGGUACGCAUGGAAAUAAAAUGUGGCUGCAAAUAUUAGAUUGGAUAUUAAAAAUAGGUCAUUAUCAAAUACUUCGAAGAAAAAUAGCGUAUGAAUUAAAUACAGCAUGUAAAUUUGAAGCGAAACAUAUGGAAGCAGCAUUGCAGACAUUAAACACAGCAAUAUUGUCUGAGAUUAAGUCAAGCAAUUUAAGCGAGGAUAGAAAAAUAAAAAAUUCAGACGAAAUCCAAUUACUUCACGAGCUCAGUUUAAGAUUAGAUUGGGCUGGCAUAAGCGAUCCUAUUAAUAAAUCUUAUAUUAAACCUCUACAUGUAAACAAUAUUUCAUUUGUAAUGUUUUUAUUUACCGUGUCACAACUUGGUAAAUUGUAUUAUUGCAACGUUACAGCGAGUCUUUUAAGUAAAAAAUCACAAGAUCAUUUAGAUGCAGUAGCAUUUGUUGCUGGAAUACAAACUAUGCUUCGUCAAUUCCAUAUUUCUAUUACAUUUAAUUAUAUAAAAUAUAUCUGUAUGUAUAUACUUUCUCUCGUAACAACAGACAGUACAAAAGUUGGAAGUGAAGCGGAAAGCGAAUCAACAGGAAGUAUACGUUUCUUGGAUCUUUUCGUCAAAUAUUCAGGCAUUCCUCGGUCAUACGUAUUCCACGAAAUUCCAAACGUAAUUUUAGAUCAUUGCGAAAUCAAAAUUUUGUGAUAAUUAUUCUAAUAAUUACUUUAUAUAAAAUGUAUCGAUUAAUUUAUUGUCAGAUAAAGUAUUGUAUAUUUAUUUAAAGCGCAUUUAACAUCAAUUUUUAAGUAAAAAAAAAAAAAAGAAUAUAUAUAUCAUUUAAAAAU